AACUCAAGAUGGCGGCGCACAUGAGGUUUGCUCGCGCUGCGGUCCAGAUAUUUCCAACAAAGUGCUUUUCCCCUCGACUCCACGGCUGUAGUAACGUCAACAUUCCUGUCAGAUAUUGUAGUUCCACGGCUGCGAAGAGGGGGUUGGUCCUGGGGGUGUACGAGAAGCGGGAGGGGGUGAAGCUGACCCCCGGGGCGGAUUUGUAUAACCAGCAGACAGGGGGGAAACUGGCGGAGUACAUUCGUCUGGCCGGUCCAACAAUAAAGAAAGGGAAGUCCCGAGUGUUCUACGGACUGGAUGAGACCUACAGUGCUGUAGCUGUGGUGGGUUUGGGUGCACAGGGGUUAGGGGUCAACGAACUGGAGGGAUUUCAUGAGGGAAAGGAGAAUCUGCGAGCUGCAGCUGCAAAUGGAGUAAGGCAGCUGAGAGACAUCUUGGGUACCUCCACCAUCGAAGUGGAUGGUUGCUCGGAUGCAGAAGCAGCAGCUGAAGGAGCAGAUCUGGGCCUGUUUGCUUACGACGAUCUCAAGGCAGAAGACAAGAGGAAGAAACCGGUCGAGACUCAACUUCUCAAAGACUCAGGAAGCCCAGAAGGCUGGACUAAAGGGAGCCUCCUUGCAGAUGGCCAGAACUUUGCAAGAAAGCUCAUGGAAAUGCCUGCCAGCCACCUGACACCCACUACAUUUGCCAGCAUCACUGGAGAAAAAUUUGGGUCCAUCGGUAAUGUUGAGUUUGAGGCAAGAGAUAGAGCCUGGGCUGAGUCUAUGAAGAUGGGAGCAUAUCUCAGCGUGACCAAUGGAUCAGAAGAGCCCCCUGUCUUUGUGGAGGUGAAGUACAGCGGAAGCCCCAACAGUUCCGCAGCCCCGUUGGUGUUGGUGGGGAAGGGGAUCACGUUUGACACCGGAGGAAUCUCUCUGAAGCCGCCGGCAGGCAUGGACAUGAUGAGAGGGGACAUGGGAGGGGCUGCGACUGUCUCAGGCGCGAUUGCCGCCAUAGCUGCGCUGAAGCUGCCAAUCAACGUCGUUGGUUUGAUCCCACUCUGCGAGAACAUGCCAAGCGGGAGGGCGACGCGACCGGGAGACGUGGUGACGGCCAUGAACGGGAAGACCAUCCAGGUGGAUAACACGGACGCGGAGGGACGGCUGAUCCUGGCAGAUGCCUUGUGCUACGCACAUUCCUUCAACCCACGGGCUGUCAUUGACCUCGCUACUCUCACAGGUGCCAUAGACGUAGCCCUUGGUUCAGCUGCAGCAGGUGUGUUCAGUAACAGCCGGGUGCUGUGGAACCUGCUGCAUGACGCAGGUGUCAGUACAGGUGACCGGCUGUGGAGGAUGCCGCUCUUCUCCCACUACACCAGACAGAUCAGCCCCAGUCAGCUGGCAGAUCUCAACAACACCGGCAAACAUGGAAGGCAAGCCGGAGCCUGCACAGCAGCAGCCUUCCUGCGGGAGUUUGUGCAGUGCCCCCAGUGGGCUCACCUGGAUAUUGCAGGCGUCAUGGCAAACAAGGAUGAGGUGCCGUACCUGAACAAAGGCAUGGCUGGACGCCCUGUCAGGACACUGGUCCAGUUUGCUGCCAAACUAGCUAACCAAAAAUGGAUUUAAGAGGCAGUUUUUGGAAUAAUUUUCAAACCUGACAAUACAGCAACAUUUCAUAUUGCACAUCCAAUACAGAUUUACUUGCAAAUAUUUUGGCAGUCCUUCUGCCACCUUCCUUGUGGCAGUACUACUAGUACUUCCCACUGCUAGCUGACUUUGUAUUCCCCGUCAUCAUGGCUCUUAAUUGAAGUAACUGAAACCCCAGCUUUUAGAGGUUUUAUGUCAAUGUGGGAAAUUUAUACUCAGGUACUACAGUGGUUUAGGUAAAAAUGUAAGGAGGAAUGCAAUUCUUCAGCUACAAAAAUAUCAACGCACAUGGAGAGGGGACCAAAAUACUCCAUACUGCAGCUAAAUUUCUUUUAAUGUCUUUCUUUUACCUUCUUUAAUCUAAUACUCUGUCAUGUCUAACCAAUCAUGUCUCUGUUGACAUUUUCUAGAGAGCUUUUGUUAUA